AUGCCCGCUACGUCCUACGUGCUGAUCGAACUUCCGCCGGUCGCGUUCGAGGACCUCUUUCCCAGCUGCCGGAUGAUUUUGAAUGAGCAGACCAUGUCUACGAUCCUACUUGACUUCUUCCGCGCGGACCUUGCCGCAACCGUAUCCUCGAUGGAUGACUACGACGCCGCCGCCGCCGCCGAGCUCAAGCGAAAGCGAACUUUCCGCAAGUUCACCUACCGUGGUGUAGAGCUCGAUGCUCUGCUCGACAUGACCAACGAGGACUUCAUGCAGGUCGUCCACGCCCGUGCCCGCAGAAAGUUCCAGCGCGGUCUCAAGCGCAAGCCUAUGGGUCUCAUCAAGCGUCUCCGCAAGGCCAAGGCCGAGGCUCUCCCCAACGAGAAGCCCGCCACCGUCAAGACCCACCUGCGUGACAUGAUCGUCGUGCCCGAGAUGAUUGGCUCCAUGAUCGGCAUCUACACCGGUCGCUUCUUCGUCAACACCGAGAUCAAGCCCGAGAUGGUCGGUCACUACCUUGGCGAGUUCGCCAUGACCUACAUCCCCACCCGUCACGGUGCUAAGGGUAAGGGUGCCACCGUCGACCGUUUCUUGCCCAUCCGAUAA